AUGGAAGCACAAAAGCCCCCUCAAAAGUGCUCCCUCGCGCUCCGCCCAAAACUCAAAAACGCCCUGCGCCAAAGGUUCACCAAGCAAAGAGACGCAGCCGCUCAAGCCCCUCCGAAAGACCAGGAAACAGCACAACGCAGCCAACAGGAAAACAAGCCCGCCGCGACGCAAUUCCACCGCUUCCCGGACCUCCCGACCGAGCUGCGCCUCAAGAUCUGGUCCGAGGCGACGCACUACAAGCGGUACGUCGUCCUCGACCCGCCCAACAACAGCGCCUUCGCCUGCGCCAGGCACGCCCGCAGGUGCAGGAGUACAUAA